CGCAGCUGCUGGCCUUGCGAAGCUCGAGCUGCUGUCCAGCAGGCAGGCAGCGUCAAGGAGCACCAGCGCGGCCGCUGCGCGCGGGGGCCGGCGAGCCGGAGCCUGGCCGCGAGGCACGGGCAGCCUCCGCUGGUGGACAACUCCGACGUGUAGGCUGUCCAGCACAUGCUAAGGAGCCGAACUCUAUAUACACCGACGCCUCUGUCUGGCCUCACACUGAGUCUCGCACAGGAAAGCGGAUCCUGGUGUGUACGGGAUCCUGAUGUACGCAUUCUUCGCUGUUCCCCCAGGAAAACGGGGGAACAACUACACACCACACCACCCCGACGUCGUCCCUGACCCUCUAAAAUUCCAGGGAUUGAAAACAGCACGCCACUGGUAUGUAGAUGUUCCAGUUUCCGACAUACUGCACGGGCUCGAGGCAGAGAAUAUCGACCAGGACGUCGACCGACCCCAUGGGCGCGCCUACUGGAGCAAGAGACUCGGGUCCUUGAGCCGCCUGCGAACGUAGAGAAACAAGAAACGGUGCAUGAUCCGCCCUACAAAUGGCCGCGCUCAUCUGGAUGUCAGCCAAGUAAGUGGCAUCGAGGCCUUUGCCGCAAACAGCGCGGAGACGACACUCAGCGCUCAACCAUCAACCGCGACGGCGAGGCCGAGUGCGAGCAAGCGACGCCUCGCUGAGCUCCACGUCGAGGGUUUCGACUGCCCGUGCGAGUGCGCGAUUCCCGAGCAGGCGCUCCACGAGACCAAGCCCUUGGUCAUCGAGGUGAAAUGCGAUUUCCUCAACUUGAAGUGCAAUACGCUCGCCGGCAUCUUGCCUGAGGCCCCGUGCCUCAAGUAUGUGGCUGGUCCGCUUGAAAGCCAUCCCGCUGCUCAACACGAUGUGGUGGUAGACAUCGAGGCAAGCACCAGCACGGACAUGGUCGACACGACACCCCCGCCCAGGACGGCGGCGAUUCCCGUGAAAGCGGUCACGAAAGAGAUGGAGUACACGGCUCAGUUGUUGUGCGAUCACGGUGAUCUCGAGGGCAGCCGCGGCAUGGCUGCCGAGGCCAGCGACUUUCGCCCCAAGCACAAGGAGGAAAGCAGAGUUCUGUUCUGAGCAGGAGAUGACUGUUUCCUCCUCUGCUUGUUGCCUCCUCGGCGGCGAGAGACUGGUAGUUCGCCACCGAGCACCAGCGCGGCGGGGGGUCUAGGAGAUGUCGAGGUGGAUGCUGAGAAUGAUGACUCGCACCACGAAUCUGCAAUCUGCGGCUUGCUUUGAAGCCCGUGGUUCCAGCUUGGCGACGUGUACUAGACGAGCGCGUUCCACUACUCGCA